CCUCUUUCUAAUACCACAUCAAUGGACAACGAAUCAGAAGUGUAUUUUACUCUACCCGAACACGUCCAACGCAAGAUCGAUAAAGCAUUUUACGACGCUACUUGCCCUACAAAUGGCAAGAGAAAAAGCGAACGCCAACGGGGAGCGCACAGUCUCACGAAGAAAAGGAAGGUUACUCCAGUCGACUCUGGUGGAGGGUUCAUCUUAGACGACCAGGAUGACGGGUCCCCAUAUACGGGUGGUGAUGGUGGAUUCAUCAUUGAUGAUGCCUCAGUACCCGGCUCUAGCAGUGGAGGAGGUAAUAUCGUCGACGAGGAUUAUGAUGACAAAAACCAAGAAGACGAUCGACAAGUCGAGAAACCCAAAUAUAUUUCCCUUUCAACUAUUUCGGGGGCCCUAGAGCUAUUGGGGCUCCCAUCGGACGAUGCACAGGUGAUGGGAGUGUUUCGACGAGCUGCAGCUGACUGGGACGAAGUGGACGAUACAGGAGGUGUUAAUCCACACGGAGAGGAAGGAUUGGUUAGCUUGAAAGAUUGGAGAGCCGUAUGUGGAGUUUUACUGGAGGGUGCAGAUGUUGCUGAAGAAUCCGAGGAACGUGGUGAAGCACUUGAUUUUGAAGACCUCGAGGAUACAAAUCCUUCAGAUGAAUAUGCAGGUGACUCUGGAGACGAUUCGGAUGAAUAUAUUGAGGUCGAGGAACUUUCCCGGCGGCGUGUUCGUCGGACUCGAGGGACAGUGAACAGUCGAACUCGUCGAGGAGAUUCUGAUUUAUCAUCCUUGUCCGACGAUAACUCCCCAACAACCAAGCCUCUGACGUUGAAACAGCGAGAAACCUGUUUACACACAUUCGCUCUCUUCUUGGAUUCUUCUAGGAGUCCAAAUCUGGAAGAUCUGCCAAAACAGAAACUUCGCAUAAAUGAUCUUCAGCGUGUUGCCGGGCUGCUCAAGGAGAAAUUGAAAGCUGAGGAGAUGGUUGAAAUGCUCGAAAGCUUCUCAACCUCCCCGGACAAGUCAAUGUCAUUGGAGGACUUCGAGAGGAUGAUGGUAAGAGCGAAGCUGGUCUGAUUAGACAAGGAUUUUGGAGGACCGAAUUUAUGUACGACCUGAUGGAAGGGGUCUUUAGCAGAGUCUCGUCUACGGUGAAUAGACCACGUCACCGCCUGAAGUGGCAUGGAAGUGGUUGAAGCAUCCACGCUAACGCUGCCGCCUGCCUCUCGUUUUCGUGUGCUCAUUCCGUUCCCCUGAAAUCUAAUGCAGCAGCUCUAUUAACGGGAUCAAGCCAUGUUGCCCCUGUGCAUCAACAUGCAACAGUAUCUUUCGAAUGCUUUCACUAGACCUUUCACGAAGAACAUGCACUGUGAAUAAUCGAAGGAGGAGCAAUCCAAGGUGUCAUUGAUUCCCAGUUAAUUACUGUACAUACGCGCGUUGUUAGAAACAGAUACAACAAAUCACUAUCACUACAAUUCAAAUCUGGAAGCUUCAAAACUAGCAAAACGU